UCAAUCGAAGGGAGUUAACUCUGCGUAGAUGGAGUACUGCUGGUUUUGCUUCAGCUCGACCUUUCGUUUUGAUAUCAGAGAUGUGUACCAACCGAAGGGAAAAGAGUGGAUAGAUCUGAUCUAAAGUUUACAAAAGUCAAACCGAUUUAUCAGUGAGCUGAUAAGACCCAAGCCAGUACCAAACCUUGCUUAGUCUUCAACAUAAUUUUAUAGGCCUAGUCCCAUAGUUCUGUAGCCUAACCGCCAUCACCUUUGUACUGGCAUUACCACCACCGCCACCAACACAGCUCGUCUCAGUGUCGUAAUUGAGUGCCGGUAGGCCUAGUGGUAGUGUAAUGAACAGCUUUCUCCAGAGAAUACCGUUCACAUGUGCCGUACGAGCAUGCAAACGGCAAGGGCAUGAGCUGCUGUACAGAAAUAUUUGUACUUCUGCAGUUCUUGAGGGAGGCUACAAGAGAUAUGACAGAAGUAAAGACUCUGUUCGACAGGCAGAUGAAUCAUAUGAUAGCCACUUAGUUCCAAAAGACAAAGAACCUCUUACCUAUGACAAAACUUAUGGCACGACUUCAUUUCCUACAACUGAAACCCACAAUCAGCACUUCAACGGUAUUAGAUACCUGGAUAUACCAGUUGUUCACAUCAAGUCUACAAGCAACAAUACUAUAAUUUCUGCCACAGAUGGACAGACAGGACAAGUAUUUGCUAUACAGUCAGCAGGGACUGUUGGUUUCCGGAAUGCCAGGAAAGGAACAAAUGUAGCAGCCCAAGCAGCAGCCAUUGCUUUAGCUGGGGAUGUCCAGAGAAAGGAUGUAAAAACUGUCAGAGUGUGCCUGAAAGGAAUUGGCCCAGGAAGACUGCCUGCCCUGAAGGCAAUUCAAAUGUCCGGCAUCAAUGUGGCGUCCAUCACAGAUACAACACCCCUCCCUCAUAAUGGAAACCGACCAAAGAAAGCAAGACGACUUUAAGAGGGAACAAUUUGUCAUUAUUCUUAAUACUUUUAUGGUCUGUGUGUAGGCUGUGAAUGAAUCGAAGAGGUUUUCACAGAAAUAAAGAGAGUGGUUAAAUCUUUAUUA